UGGGCCCGUCGGGCGCCGCCACCAUGGAGGAGUGGCGGCAGUGCGGCCGCUGGCUCAUUGACUGCAAAGUCCUGCCCCCCAACCACAGGGUAGUGUGGCCCUCGGCCGUGGUCUUCGACCUGGCCCAGGCGCUGAGGGACGGGGUGCUGUUGUGUCAGCUGCUACACAACCUCUCACCUGGAUCUAUAGACCUCAAAGAUAUCAACUUCAGGCCACAGAUGUCCCAGUUUCUAUGUCUGAAGAACAUUCGGACCUUCUUGAAAGUCUGCCAUGAUAAGUUUGGGUUACGGAACAGUGAGCUGUUUGAUCCUUUUGACCUGUUUGAUGUUCGAGAUUUUGGGAAGGUCAUCUCUGCAGUGUCUAGACUCUCUCUGCACAGUAUUGCACAGAACAAAGGAAUUAGGCCCUUCCCCUCAGAAGAGACCACAGAGAAUGACGAUGAUGUAUAUCGGAGUUUGGAGGAGUUGGCUGAUGAACAUGAUCUGGGUGAGGAUAUCUAUGACUGCGUCCCGUGUGAAGAUGAAGGUGAUGAUAUCUAUGAGGAUAUUAUUAAAGUGGAAGUCCAACAGCCUAUGAAAAUGGGAAUGACAGAAGAUGACAAAAGAAAUUGCUGCUUGCUAGAAAUUCAGGAAACAGAAGCCAAAUACUACAGGACUCUUGAAGACAUUGAAAAGAACUACAUGAAUCCUCUGAAGCUGGUGCUGAGCCCUCUGGACAUGACCGCCAUCUUUAUUAACCUGGAGGACUUAAUUAAAGUGCACAACAGCUUCCUAAGGGCCAUUGAUGUAUCAAUGAUGGCUGGUGGGAGCAGCCUGGCCAAAGUCUUUCUAGAAUUCAAAGAAAGGCUACUGAUCUAUGGGGAAUACUGCAGCCAUAUGGAGUAUGCCCAGAACACUCUGAACCAUCUUAUUGCCAAUCGAGAAGAUUUCAGGCAAAAAGUGGAGGAAUGCACCUUGAAGGUCCAAGAUGGGAAGUUUAAAUUGCAAGAUCUGCUAGUGGUGCCAAUGCAACGGGUUCUGAAAUAUCACCUCCUCCUGAAGGAACUCCUCAGCCACUCUGCGGAUCGUCCCGAGAGGCAGCAGCUCAAGGAAGCACUGGAGGCCAUGCAGGACUUGGCGAUGUACAUAAAUGAAGUCAAACGGGACAAAGAAACCUUAAAGAAAAUCAGUGAAUUUCAGAGUUCUAUAGAAAACUUGCAAGUCAAACUGGAAGAAUUUGGGAGGCCAAAGAUUGAUGGGGAAUUAAAAGUUCGAUCCAUUGUAAACCAUACCAAACAAGAUAGGUAUUUAUUUUUGUUUGAUAAAGUGGUGAUUGUCUGUAAGAGGAAAGGCUACAGUUACGAGCUGAAGGAGAUCAUCGAGCUGCUCUUCCACAAAAUGACAGAUGAUCCAAUGAACAACAAGGACAUCAAGAAGUGGUCUUACGGGUUCUACUUAAUUCACCUGCAAGGGAAGCAGGGCUUCCAGUUUUUCUGCAAGACCGAAGACAUGAAAAGAAAAUGGAUGGAGCAGUUUGAAAUGGCAAUGUCAAACAUUAAACCAGAGAAGGCCAAUGCAAACCAUCACAACUUCCAGAUGUACACGUUCGACAAGACAACCAACUGUAAAGCAUGCAAGAUGUUCUUAAGGGGGACUUUCUAUCAAGGCUAUCUUUGCACUAAAUGUGGAAUUGGGGCACAUAAAGAAUGCUUAGAAGUGAUUCCACCCUGCAAAAUAAGGCCCAUUGGAUACAUAUGUCUACCUAAAUAUAUCUGCAACUGUUCUCCUGUAGACUCGGACGCACUAAGUGCAGGAGCUGGUCCUAAGAUGGUGGCAGUGCAGAAUUACCAUGGUAUUCCGGCUCCUCCCGGGAAGCCAGUGUUGACUUUCCAAACAGGCGAUGUGAUCGAAUUGUUGAGAGGCGACCCUGAGUCUCAGUGGUGGGAAGGAAGGUUAAUGCAGACCAAGAAGUCGGGUUAUUUUCCUAGUUCAUCUGUGAAGCCCUGCCCUGUGGAUGGACGGCCUCCAAGCAGCAGGCCCCUAUCCAGGGAAAUAGACUAUACCACAUACCCCUGGUUUGCAGGCAAUAUGGAGCGACAGCAGACUGACAACUUGUUGAAAUCCCAUGCAAGUGGGACGUACUUGAUCCGAGAAAGACCUGCGGAGGCAGAGCGAUUUGCCAUAAGUAUAAAGUUCAAUGAUGAAGUGAAACACAUUAAGGUGGUGGAGAAAGACAACUGGAUUCAUAUCACAGAAGCAAAGAAGUUUGAAAGCCUAUUGGAGUUAGUAGAAUACUACCAAUGCCACUCACUCAAGGAGAGUUUUAAACAACUGGACACCACCCUGAAGUACCCUUACAAAUCUCGAGAACGCUCAGCCUCAAGAGCCUCCACCCGGUCACCAGCCUCCUGUGCUUCCUACAACUUUUCUUUUCUCAGUCCUCAGGGCCUCGGCUUUGCCUCCCAGAGCUCCUCCACACCCUUCUGGUCAGUGUUCACUCCCCGUGUUAUUGGCAUGGCCGUGGCCAGGUACAACUUUGCCGCCAGGGACAUGCGGGAACUCUCGCUUCGAGAAGGUGACGUGGUGAAGAUCUACAGCAGGAUUGGUGGUGACCAGGGCUGGUGGAAGGGAGAAACCAAUGGAAGGAUUGGCUGGUUUCCGUCAACAUAUGUGGAAGAGGAGGGUGUGCAGUGACAACUGGAUUUGGGAUGAAGCCCAUGGAUUCUCUGAGAAGAGUCUCUCUAGAGAGGGUGCAAACCUCUAGUUAAUUCAGAGGGAAAUGUCCUCCAAGCUUCCAGUAUUAAACAGCCUGAAGGGGUUGGGGAAAGGGUUGGGGGGGGAGGGAGACAAGAUACUAAAUGCAAACCAUUUACAAAUCAGUCAUCUGCCAUUGGUGACCCAUCCCAGGGUACAGGACUUGUAUAUAAAACUUAACAGUGUAUCUCAGAUUACAUUGCUACAGCGUUACCCACCAUCCCAGAGAAGGGGAAAUACAGAACCUUUCUGAGCCCAGAGACUAGUUUGUUGGAAGUUGACUGUUGGCCAUUGCCAGGCUUGCUACUCCAGAGGGCACCUGGGACCAAGGAAGAAAACCCACCACUCUCUUGGUGAUGGCGUCUGCAGUAUCAGAGGGCAGUGGGGGAAAGUCCCUGAAAUGAGGACUGGCAGAAGAUUCCCACGAACUCCUCUCCUUACCUUCUCCCUGGAGUCCUCACUUGCUGCUAGCUCUGACACCUAGUGCUUCAGGAUGAAGGACCCCUUAAUGUGUCUCCAUCCAGAUCACCAGCCAAGUCCUGGGCUGCAGCUGCUGAGGGAAGGGGCCGGCCUGGGGGCUGCUGUGCACAGAAGGAAGGUGACCAGUCCAAAGUGUUGUGUGUGUAAUAUUGACUCAUCCUUGGAUCAUAGAUUUAAAGCUGGAGGAACCUGAGAGAGGCCACCUAAUCCGUAGCUAUUUUCGAAAUGGUUUGCCUUGGGUUUCCUCUGGGCUAGGGAGGCUGGGGAAGGGAAUGGAAAACCCACCUGUCACAAGAAGCACCCUUUCCCUGGGGGAAGUUGGGGAAAUGAAGGUAGCUUCAAGAUGCUGAAACUCCUGUCAAUGGUACCACUUGUAUUUGCAUCAAAUAUUAUCUCCCCCCACAAAAACAACAACAAAGACAAAAUACUUUUUUUUCCUUCUGCUGAAGUACCUAGAAUGUAUUCAUAUGCUAUUUCCUACAAACUGGCAAACAGAAACUGAGUUCCUAAAUGGGAUCAGGGAGAAAAAGAUGGUUUUCUUAUGUUAGGGACUUUACUUCUCAUAGACCUCUUGGGGUUCCACAACUCCCAUGGAGUCCCCCGUGUAGUUUCCUAGGGGCCUCCUCAAAAAAAAAAUAGCAAUGCCUAGGUGUCUUCACCAUGGUUUCUAAGACUGUGCUCCAUUUUCCAUACCCCAACACUUGGUUGUCCCCUCUCAUCUCAGCAAAGUUCUUUUCUUCUGGGGCUUCCCUCAGUCCCCCAACCCAGAGUCUGCUUUUAGCUCACAUCAGAUAAGUGCUCUUGUGAGUGGUUACUCCCCAUUCCACCUUCUAAUGCUUCUUGUCUCUCCCCCACCUCCAGCCUCUGUUCCUGCAGUCCUAGUCAAUCAUUUACCCUAAAGGAGACUAGAAUCAUAGAUUUAGAGCUGGGAAGGGACCUUAGAGAUCAAUUUGGUCCAGUUCCAUCAUUUUACAGAUGAGGAAACUGAGGCCCAGAGGAGUCAAAUAACAUGCCAAAGGUCGCACAAGUAAUAAGGAGCAGAAGUGGGAUUAGAACCCAGAGCCUUUGACUCUCAAUCAUGUUCUUUCCAUGGUACCACACUGCACUGCACUCUGUCUGCGAGGCAAGCACCUUAGUCUUGCCUGUAUCUGUUUCUUUUUCUUGACCUUAUUUGAGAUUGAGAAGGGUUGCCUUGCUUGAUCUUUUUUUGUGCCAAAGCUGCUGGCAGAAAAAUCAUCCCAUACCAGCCCCAGGGCAGACUGAAAGCUUUCAUUCAGCCACUUGGUGGCUAGGGAAGGAGGAGGUUGAAGGGAGGAGGGAGGUGGUGAAGAGAAGGGAUUUAACAGCUCACUAAUCUCCCUCCUAGGAGGAAGGCACCCAGAGAGGUAGGUGAGAGCUGUUUGGUUGUUUUAGCUUCUGCUGCUGUUUGGUGCUAACUGACCGGCAAUUAGCCUGGUUGGUUCAUUUCUCCAUUAACUGUGACUGUUUCUGGACCAAUCAUACAUUCCUUAUAUCCAGGAGAUUGGGGAAGGAGGGAUGGAAAAACAUCCUCCAAAGACCUAUGCAGUGGUGAGAUAUUUAGAAAAACAUUUGUAAAAAUGGCUGUGUCAAGUAGGCCUCUAGCCCUCAAGAUGAGCACCCCAGAGUCAAGACUGCUUCCUCUCCCCAUCCCCUGAGCCCUUUGGGUGCACUUUGCCAGGGACUGACAACUCUGAGUCAGGAAUUUGUCUGAAUGGAAUCAGUCAUUCCUGAGAGGGGAGGGGUGGGGUGGGAAGGGACAGAGGUAAGGAAGGAUCUUUGUUUGUGUUUACUGUUGUAAGAAACUCGUUCUGGUUUUGUUUUUGUUUGUUUUGUUUUUAAAGAAAAAAGUUUGUAAUUAUUUCUCCAAAUGCCAUGAUAUAUAUCUGUGAAUAAGGGAAAAAAUGUUUUUAUGCUGGCAAGAAAAUUGUAUAUAUAUUUUAGUUCAUCAUGAAAUGAGUCAAAGUUGUAAGUGAGGAUGUUGAGAAAUAGGAAAUAAUAAUGUAAAUGCCUUGGAAUUUUUGUUUCUUUGCAUUGCACUAACCAGGGAGGGAGAGUUAGGGGGCAAGGGGGGAUUGUGGAAUAGUUCAUAGCUGGCAAUUGGGAAGUCCUCUAGGGGUAGUUUAUAAUCCUGGGUUAGGAAAGUUGCUGUGACUGAGAAGCCCUUUGCAUGCAGGUGAGGGAUUUCUCAGUUGCAGCACACCCCAUAAUGCCCGCAACCAAACAGAAAUGUAAUUUUGCCAAUAAAUUUUUUUCAAAUCAUGAUUUUUACUGCAAAUAAACAUACAUUCUUUUUCUGCAGAA